GAAAAUUAUGUCCAGCCCUCAAUCCCUCGUUUUGAUGGAGAAUUUUCUCCGGUCCAAAGAGUAUUGGAUUGUUGUUGAAGCUAGAGUUCUAAAACCAGUGGUAGGUGCAAAUGAUGCACAGAAGGCAAAAAUUGAGAAGGAAAAAUUGAAGGAUCUCAAGGCUAAGAACUAUUUGUUCCAAGCCAUAGAUCGGGCUAUCUUGGAAACAAUUCUUAACAAGUCUACUUCCAAGAAUAUUUGGGAUUCUAUGAAGAAGAAGUACCAGGGGAAUGAAAGUGCAAGGCGGCAAAAGCGCCAGGCUUUGUGGGCAGAAUUUGAAGUUCUGCAGAUGCAGAUUGGUGAAUCUGUAGAUGAUUAUUUUGCAAGGACGACGGCUAUUACAAACAAGAUGAGGAUCCAUGGUGAAAAUCUGGAGAAUGUUGCCAUAGUUGAGAAAAUCCUUCGGUCUAUGACAACAAAAUUCAAUUAUGUUGUUUUCUCAAUUGAGGAGUCAAAUAAUAUUGAGACUUUUCCCUUGAUGAGUUGCAGAACUCAUUGUCGAGGAAAAGAAAACUGGAAAGGCAGACCAAGAUCUGGCAGACCGAGAUCUAACAGAUUGGAGGAAAAUUCAGCCAUUGGAAUUCAGAAGAGGUGGCAGAACAGAAAUUAUCAAGCUGCAGAUAACAGAUCCAAACCUGCAGGAAAGGCAAAUAUUGAAUGCUUCAGAUGUCAUAAGUAUGGCCAUUAUCGUUCUGAGUGUCGUGCUAAUCUGAAUAGAGGAGAAAGUUCCAAUUUUGCAGAACACAACAAGAAGAAUGAUGAUUUCUCUCUAUUCAUGGUCUGCCAUCCUAAAGAAGUCAGCAAGAAGAAUGUGUGGUAUCUGGAUACUGGUUGCAACAAUCACAUAUGUGGAGACAAAUCUGCGUUUUCAUAUUUGGAUGAGUCUUGUCAAGACAAGGUGAAAUUUGGUGAUAAUUCCAAUAUUGCAGUCAAGGGAAGGGGAAAGGACACAGCUUGGUUAUGGCAUUGCCGAUUUGGACCACUUUAUUUUGGUGGGUUGAAAGCUUUGCAACAGAAGAAGAUGGUAAAUGGUCUUCCUCAUUUUGAUUCUCCUUUAGAAAUUUGUGAAAUCUGCGUGGUCAGUAAACAGCACCAUGACAGCAUUCCUAAAGACAGAUCUUGGAGAGCAAAGCAAGUGCUAGAUCUGGUUCAUUCUAAUUUGUGUGGAGCCAUAAAUCCAACAUCUAAUGGAGGUAAACAAUACUUUAUGACCUUUGUUGAUGAUUACAGUCGCAAAACAUGGGUGUAUUUUUUGCAGACCAAGUCAGAAGCCUUAACAACCUUUAAAAAUUUCAAAGUCCUGGUUGAGAAUGAGGUUGGCAGAUCUGUAAAGGUUCUGCGUACAGAUCGUGGUGAAAAAUCUGGACAACAGAUUCCUACAGAUUUCGAAAAUGAAGAAGAUCUGACUGUGCAGAACUUAGAAGGUCAAACUUCAACAGAUCUUGAGGUUUUAAGACAGACAGCUGAAGAAAGUCUACCUACAAAAGUAGAGCUCAGUACUGGAGGAAGUCUGCCAACAACACCAGAACUGGAAUCUGGAACUAAUUGUGAUCCAUUGACAUAUGAAGAAGCUGUUAAAGAAGAAAAGUGGCAAAAAGCCAUGGCAGAAGAAAUUGGUUCUAUUGAAAGGAACCAAACUUGGGAGUUGACAGAUCUUCCAGAAGGGCACAAAACAAUUGGUGUUAAGUGGAUCUACAAGACAAAGCUCAAAAAGAAUAGGGCGGUUGACAAAUUCAAAGCUCGCUUGGUGGCAAAGGGUUACAAGAAUGAUUUUGGCAUGUUGGAAAAGUUCAAGCAGUCCAUGAAGCUGGAAUUUGAUAUGACAGAUCUGGAUUUUGGACUAUUCUACAAGAAGGGUGACCAGACAGAUCUCGCAGGCUUUACAAACAGUGAUUAUGCUGGAGAUCUGGAUGACAGAAAAAGCACUUCUGGGUUUGUUUUUAUGCUGGGAUCUAGUGCAAUUUCAUGGUCUUCAAAGAAGCAGCCCAUUGUGACUUUGUCCACAACAGAAGCGGAGUAUGUGGCAGCAACCUCUUGUGCUUGUCAAGCUAUUUGGUUGAGAAGAAUUAUGGAAGAACUUAAGCUGAAUCAACAUGAGGCCACUUCAAUUUAUUGUGAUAAUAGUUCAGCUAUCAAGCUUUCUAAAAAUCCAAUUUUGCAUGGGAGAAGCAAGCAUAUACAUGUGAGAAUUCAGUUUGAGGGAGAGUCUGCAGAUUCCAGAUCUGCAGAUCUGCAGAUAUGGUGUUAUCCAAAUUUCUUUAAACUAAAGUUUGAAGACUUUCAGUUUAAGGGAGGGAUUGUUGGAAAUUAAAUCCUAUUAUUUAGCCAUUAUCUCUAUAUUUUAUGAAGUUUAAGUUAUUUAUUUGUUUUAGAUCACUCUUACCAGAUUUGAGGCCUAAAAUCCAAGUCUUUUCUAGAGUUUUUUCUCAGUCACAGUUGAGUGCAAAGUGGUGUGAGCAUUAUAUAUUUUUUUGUUUCUUCUUCAGUGUGCAUUUUCAUCUUUGCAAUAAUGGCGUUUGCUGGUAGAGGAGUCAUUACUCUUGGCUCCUCGAUUCUGAAACCUCAAAGUGAAAUUCUUGUCAUCGAAACUUUCAUUUUAGUGCGAAACAUAUCUCGCAGUCAUGAAUACAAAUUACCGUGAUUG